GUCAUUUCAUUGAAGAUUCUGAAGAGACAAAAACAAAACCAACAACAACAACAUGUCCGUGCAACAAUUUUGUUUACGUUGGAACAAUCAUCAACCAAACUUUAUAUCGGUCUGUUCAUCACUGCUACACAAUGGUACAUUGGUUGAUGUAACAUUAGCCGCGGAGGGACGACAAUUACAGGCACAUAAAAUUGUGCUGUCAGCAUGUAGUUCUUAUUUUCAGACACUUUUCACCUCCAAUCCAUGUCAACAUCCCAUUGUAAUUUUAAAAGAUGUCCAGUACGAUGACUUGAAAACAAUGGUCGAUUUUAUGUACUAUGGUGAGGUGAAUGUAUCGCAAGAACAAUUGCCGCAUAUAUUGAAAACGGCCGAAAUGCUAAAAAUCAAAGGUUUAGCUGAAAUGCCCACCGAUCCUGCAAAUUUAACAAAAUCUGAAAGCAAAUCAUCAAACGAAGCAACAGAAUUAGUUGGUGGUGGUGGAAAUAAUGUUAUGAGUGGUAGCGGUAGUGGUGGCGGCAGUGGCAACAGCAGUGGUGGUCUCGGCAACACUAGUGGUACUGGCAGUGUAAGCGACUCCUUAUGGGGUAGUACAGAAUUUCAACAGCACCAGCAACAACAACAUCAGCAGCAACAACAACAACACCAGCAGCAACAACAACAGCAACAUCAACACCAUCAGCAGCUACAAGCACAGGCACAACAACAGCAGCAACAUCACCACCAACAGCAACAACAACAAUUACACACGCAGCUACAAAAUAGUCAAACACAAACCUCACAACAACAACAGCAGCAACAACAACACCAUCAACAAUUAAGACGCACACCAUCACCAUUAGGCGCGGGCGCCUCACCGGCAACCAGACGAAAACGUUUACGAAAGUCAUCCAACAAUGGUUCGGGUGAACGCACCAAUUCCGAAGAUCAUAACACAUCAUUGGAUGCUGCCACAGCGGGUGGUUUAACUCUAUCACAAAUGAGUCAAAUGACAUUCGGUAGUACGGCCACGAACAGCGCUCUUGGUGGUUUAGCAGCACAUUCGCUGCAUACAGCAAAACUACUCAAAGAGGCCUCAACCAAUGACUUGGAACAUAAUCCCCAAGAUUCAGAUAGUUUAGACGAUACCCAUGGCCAUGUACAUAUGCAAAUUAAGCCGGAAGUGGAUAUCAGUGGUGUUCAACAAUCAAUGCCAUUGGAUAUAUCUGGAGCCACAACUCCCUCGGAACACGAUGCUCCCAAUUCACAAUCUGCACAUUCAGGUUUACAAUGGACGGUUGUUGAAUCAAAUUAUUCACGCUUUUCGCUGCCAUCCUGUCCCACCAAUUUAAUUGGCAAUAGCAACAAUCAAAAUCCAAAUGCCAACAAUAGCAACAACAAUUCAAAUAGUGAGCAACACCAGCAACGUCAACAGCAGCAGCAACAACAACAGCAACAGCAAGACGCUGUGAAUAGUCAACAACAACAGCAGCAACAACACUUACAGCAACUGCAGCAGUACCAACAGCAGCAACAACAAAAUUCUGCAUACUCCCCGCAAAUAAUUACGGUCAGUGGUGGCUAUACUAAUGCAGCGGCUGCCGCUGCUGUUGCCGCCGCUCAAAAUAUGUCUCCACCCUCACCCAAUGAUAGUAAUAUGGUUCAGUCGGUUUAUAGCCAGGGACCGUCGCCGUCUGCAUCACCGGCAGCCAAUAGUUCGACAACAAGUAGUGGGAAUAAUAUGACUGGAAAUAAUAACGCCAACAAUGCCAAUAUAAAACGGAAAAGAUCCGUUAAUCCACAAGGAGAUGAAAACUUCAUUAGAGCUCUUGAGGCAGUGCGUUCUGGUGGAAUUGGAUUUUGCAAGGCAGCGCGACUCUAUGGAGUCAACAAUCGAACUCUAUGGUUGGAGUAUAAAAAGCGAGGUUAUCCCGUGUCACGGCCCAGCAUAAAGUCACGCGUAGUGAAACAGGAACCAAAUCUUUCACCUUCGCCAACACCACCUGAUAAUGCCCAAGAUGACACCAAUGAAAACUACGACCAUAUGGCAGCAGCAGUAGCUGCAGCACAAACAGCGGCUUUGAACAUGCAAAUUCCACCCUCAUCGGAUACACCGACGCCAUCUCUAAUGUGCGCACCCCACCAUACCGGUACCACCGGUGGUCCUACAACUCACCCUACCAUGGGUGUAAUGAGUUUUCUUGACACCCGCCACAUGGACUUUCCAGCCAGUUUACAUUCAAUGUCCCGCCAGCGUUACAUUGAUGCAACCGGGGCCGGAGGUGGUGCCGGCACCGGUACUAUAAAUGUGAAUCCAGCUGCUGCAAUGAAUCUACAGAGUAUUAAUUUUAACUCAAUAUAGAAUUCGAUGUCAACGUCUGCGGGACAAUCUGCGACUAUGUUAGCCACAACUGAUGCGGCAUUGCCCAUAAUACCGAUGCAUUUGCAC